CUAGCGCAUAUCAGAACUUUAUUCAUGCUACGAGAAAGCGAGAAACAUCGUUAGUUGCAGCAGUUGUGUUGUGCUGUGUAUGCGCUUACGUCUAAUUGGAGGUGGGGUGGCGGCUAUUGGUCUGAACUGUAUGGCCCCUUCUGCAGAAAUGAAUUCUUGCCAGGGAUCUCUCACACAAGAGGCGCACAGAGAGAGCACAGAAAGCCAAGGCGCUGGAUCUUUGACUUCAGAUCCCAAGGGAUGUAAGAGGAACUCAUCCUGUACCAGUCUACCCUUCAGCGUGGAAGCUCUGCUAGUUCAGGACAGAAAGCCCUGCCGAAAGCAGCACCCUCAUCUUCUUCAAGAUCCGAGCAGGGUCACAGUUAAUCCACUGAAAGCUACUGAGCAGCCCCCCUCACCUAGGACAUCUUAUGUAGAAAAGGGUUACUGCGGGGAAGAGUUUCAAAACUUGGCUGAACGAUCCAAGACAAACUGUGAAAGUGGAGAUGAAAAACAGCCAAACGUUUGGUUACAGAAAGCAAGUUACUCCUCCCCCCCGAGACACCCAAGCCCACCUCCUUGCACUUUGAGGAAGCACAAGAACAACCGGAAACCAAGGACUCCCUUUACCACUUCACAGCUGUUGGCUCUGGAAAGAAAGUUCCGACAGAAGCAAUACCUCUCCAUAGCAGAGAGGGCUGAGUUUUCCAGCUCUCUGAAUCUUACAGAGACUCAGGUAAAAAUCUGGUUCCAGAAUCGCAGGGCUAAAGCCAAGAGACUUCAAGAGGCUGAGUUGGAGAAGCUAAAACUAGCUGCAAAGCCCUUGUUGCCAUCAUUUGCUCUACCUUUCCCACUGAACACCCACCUUGGGUCUCCAUCUCUGUAUGGACCUGCAAGUUCAUUUCAAAGACCUGGUUUGCCUGUGCCUGGACUAUUCACAGCACCAGUCACAUAUGGAAUGUAUUAUUUAUCAUAGUGCACAAAAGGACUUACAGAUACCAGUAAGUGAUGGACCCUACUUCACAAGUGGCAUUUUAGACUAUGUUCCUUGGUAUACAACUCCAUGGAAGGCAGAGAACAAGAUCAUUAUGUGGAAACAAAAACUUGGAAUUCUUUUUCAGUAAUUUAACAUGGACAUUAAGUGCUCUGAUGCAUAUUUCUCUGUUAUUCUACCAUUUGUUUUUAAGGACUGGUGAACAUUAGUUGUUUUUAGAAAAUGGUGAACAUUAGUGUCUGCCACUAAUGAACAUGGCACAUCUGACACUGUGAGAUGCAACUUCCUUCACAUGUCAAAACUAAAAUGUUUGUGACACAACUAUGCCUGUGACAAGGAUGUGGACUGCAGUUUUAAGCUCACAAAUGUGUUAUGGCGUAGCUUCAUAGAACAUAUAUACUGCUCUGAAGCUGAAUAACAAACUAGCUCUGUCACACUAGUACACAAAUAUAUUUUGUAUAUUUUUACCUAGAACUUGAGAAAUAAAUGUUGUAAAGUCCAUAUGAACUUUUAAGUGGCAAGACAUGCAACUGUAGCACUAUGGAGGAACAGAAUAUAUUAACCGUCUUAUUACACACCAAGGCAAAGUGAAUCACAGAUCUCAGCAAUGACUUUGCCAAGGUGCAAUCCCAUUGCACCUGCAAUGCAGCCUGAUUUCUUUUCUAGCAUUAAAACUGCUUUACAUUCAUGUCUCCUAUUUCAUUGUUGCUGCAACUUCAGAAACGUAGCUUCUAAGGCAAGGUUUGCCAGAUGGUGUUGACUACAUAAGACCUCAUACACUCCCUUUUGCUGCAGUUUCAAAUGACUCCUAAUUGGACAGCAACACAAAAGGGCACUCACAAAGUCUGUAGUUCCUGUGGCAGUAGUUUGCAUUGUAGUCUGGCAGUAGCAUAAACGCUGGUCAGCAGGUGACCUCUGCCAGCUUAUAUGAUUUGUUUUCUUUGCUUAUUUGUAUUCCCUGUGAUCCAUUUCUCAAACAGAAUUCCAAGGUGCCUUAAUCUGGUUGGGUCAUAGUUUACUGCUUUAGCCUUAUUCUUGUCACAUUUUACCAAUAUUGACCAAUGGACAUGGACUGUACUGCUUAGCUAGUUCUGGGGUUAGGUUUGGUACCUCAGAAUGCUAAAUUCCUCCAUUUUCAGUGCGUUUUCCAUUGCUCUUCCCAAUCUCUAGCUUAGGUAAAGACUUCAAGCUGGUAAGCAGAAACAUGAUCCCUCAUUACCGUUCAUGUCUUACCAAACCCAGUGUACUUCUACAAUCACAGACAGCUAUGCAAGGCACAGCACAACUUACAUGGUAUGGUGUUAGCCUCAUUAUUUACACAGUAAUUAUCAGCAGUGCCAGGAUCAUAUUCCCUCUGUCUGUAUCAUCUACCUUCAUGUCAGCUGUUUGGAUUUCACAUCAUUCAUUUUUAUACUUCCUAUAGUAUUUGCUGAUACAAUGUAAAAAAAAACUCGUGUUACUUCAGUCCUUUAUUACUGCUAGGUAUUCCUUGGAUUCCAACCACAACUUCCAGACAUGUUUUUUAAUUCCCAUGGAAAUCUUUGUUCCUCAUAGGAUCUUAUUACCCAUUCAGUAUUUCAAGUUCAUUUACAUAGUAGGCUGCUCUGUUUUCUGUUUGACAGUGUUGAGUGGAAGGGGGCACUGUACAAUGCGGUUUUAAAUAAUAUGCAGUGGGGGAUGGUGACUCUCUUCCUUUUUAGUGUGGUCUCAGCAUGGCAGGGCAGUUUAGAAAAAAAGUCUGCAUGGUGCAUUGUGUGUGUCCGUGUGUGUGUGUCUAUAUAUAUAUAUAUAUAUAUAUAUAUAUAUAU